AUGGAUCUUACCGAACUGAAAGUCAUUCAAUUGCAUGAAUAUGUUCAAAGGUUUCAACAUGUAGAUAAUUUUGAAGAGUUGGUUCAGAUUGUAGACUGGAAUUUUCUCUAUAGAAUAUUGAAAAUUACCGAUAAAGAUAUUAUCACCGAUAAGUUGGAAGAAGUAUUCCAGGAUUCCAAGGAGGAAAUAUAUACCAGUCCCAUAUUUCUAGACGAGGAGCUUGAAGAGCCAUUGACUUUAGCACAUGUAGAAGAUAAUCCGUUCCACGGGGAGGUGGCUGCAAUGUUUGCGGCUCUACACCUAUAUAAGUACACUUCCAUUGUAGAAAUGAAGCAAAAGGAAGUAGUAAGCACCACCAAUGAACUGCACAGUUAUGCUGAAAAUUACGAUUUGGGUUCCAGUCCUUACACUAGAGGUGAGAGAGGAAAAGGAAUUGAAGAAAAAACUUCGAAAGAUAAGUUGUUGGGGCCAGUCACAACUGGUGUAGUGGGGGCAAACAAGGUGAACAGUUCUGAUGCUGCAAGUAACCAUGUAAUGGCGCAUUUGAACCCGUUCGGAUUGGGUCAAUAUAGUGAUAAUCAAACAAAACUCGGAAAACCUGCUCCAAUUGAGAUUACAAAUCUAAAUGUUCUAACUAAACCAGACGUUUCUGCGUCUUCAAAAAUACGGCCAGCCCAAGAGGGGCCAAUCAAAUCCAGCAAAGGUUCUCCCUUUGUACUCGCAGAUAAGUUGAAGUACAUUCGUAGAAAGAGUUUUGGAUUCGGAGAACAAAAGAAACUACAGCAACUUUCGCCAUCUAUGAAUUCCACAGCUGUAUCUCCUGUUAAAGAUCCAGUGACCACUACAGCACCCAUUGUAAGAUCCAAGUCCAAUAGGAGAACAUCGAUGGUGGAAGAUAGCUUACCUCCAUAUAUCAGGAAACAAUUAGAAACACACAUGCUGCCUAAAACUCCACCUCAACCCUUUUCACCAGGUGAGCAAUAUGAUCUUCUUCAUAGAACUCACCAAAGUCUGGUGGAUAACACUCUGACUAUUAUUCAGGAAGAAUUGGAUGAAAUUAUGCCACCAGUAACUUUGACCAAAAAACAAUCUUCUAGACUUCGUAAUGUACUUUCCAACUCGCAAUCAUUGUACACUAUAUCCAAGAAUACGCUCCCUUCGCUUCCUCCUUCUCAAGGUGAGAGCCAAGCCAGUACAGUUUCAGAUUAUCUAAACGAUACAGAUGACGAUGAUGGACUUGAAGAUGAUGACGAAGAUGAUAGAGAGUACGUGCUGCCAACGGUGGUCUCACCUUAUCUAGGAUUUGAAGAUGACGACGAAAACGAGGAUUUCCCAGACUUUGAAAACUUGAGUAGAGAAGAUUCGACUAAGGAUGAUGAUGAAGACGCUGAAGAAGAAGAUGAUGGUGACGAAUACUUAUUUACUAGCUUAAAAUAG